AUGGCGGGUCCCUUACGGCGAGGCCGUCUCUGGCUUGGUGUCGCCUUCAUCUGGAUCUUGUGCUUCUGGUACUGGUCAAGUUCGGACUCUGCCCUCACGUUGUUUGGCAAAAAUGAUCCUCUUGCUGGGACAGGCACCAGUGCCUGGACUCGAAGGCUGCCUAAAUACCCCAUUGCUCAGGAGAAAUUAGCCGUCUUGCCCAAGAUCAACGGAGAUGUCAAGGUACCCAAAAUUCAAGCUGCUGCGCCGGUUGAGAGCACUGCGCAAAAGGAGCUACGGCUGUCACGUCUAGCUGCUGUCAAGAAGAGUUUCGAGCAUAGUUGGAGCGGAUAUUCCAAUUACGCCUGGAUGCACGAUGAAGUGACGCCAAUGACAGGCAAGUCCAAGGACCCCUUUGGUGGUUGGGCUGCGACACUGGUCGACGCUCUUGAUACGCUCUGGAUCAUGGACAUGAAGGAAGAAUUCACAAAGGCCGUUGCUGCCGCGGACGGCAUCGACUUUACUAGGAGUUCCAUGACUACUAUUAACAUUUUUGAGACCACUAUUCGCUAUCUCGGCGGAUUCUUGUCGGCUUACGAGCUGAGCGGCAGAGCCCACCCUAUCCUCCUGAAGAAGGCUAUUGAGCUUGGAGAUCUUCUCAUGUGCGCAUUUGAUACACCCAACCAUAUGCCCGUUACCCGUUGGGAAUGGAAAAAAUACGCCUAUGGACACUCCCAGUCCCCUUCCCGAGAUGCUCUUGUCUCCGAGCUUGGCUCAAUGAGUUUGGAGCUUACCAAACUGUCUCAGCUCACUGGCAACAUGAAAUUUUAUGAUGCGGUCAAGAGGAUUGGAGAUCAGUUCGAGUCUACGCAGCUUAACACUCGUCUUCCCGGUAUGUGGCCGGUAGUCGUUGAUGCUUACACGCCAGCCUUCCAUGCCGGCUCAGACUUCACACUUGGCGGAAUGUCUGAUUCUCUCUAUGAGUAUCUUCCCAAAUGGUAUCUCCUUCUUGGAGGUCAACUAGAGCAACCCCGCCGACUGUACGAGAACUUCAUCCCUGUUGCAAUCAAGCAUUUGUUCAAGAAAGCAUUGACGCCUUGGGACAAGCCGAUCCUUAUCUCUGGAGAUUACAAAGUUACGGAUUUGCCAGGAGAGCAACCAAAAUACACUUCUGUUGCGCGAGGUCAGCAUCUUACCUGCUUCGCCGGUGGCAUGAUGGCAAUGGGCAGCAAAGUUUUCAACCGCCCAGACGAUCUCAAGAUUGCUGCCCAACUCACAGAUGGCUGCGUCUGGGCUUAUCAGGCUACCCAGACUGGACUUGGACCUGAGGUUUUCACCUUCAUCCCAUGUGGCAGCGCAGAUGCAAAGGAAGCAGGCGACUGUACUUGGAGCGAAGAUAGGUGGCUCAAGGCCAUCGAAGAGCAGCAUGCUCCCGACUUCAAGCCUCCCCCGAUGAAAGGAUCAGAAUGGAAGACACCUACCGUUCAGGACAUCAUCAAGAAGCACAAUCUCCCCAAGGGCAUGAUAGAUGUGAGCGAUGGGCGGUACAUCCUACGACCGGAGGCUAUCGAGUCCAUCUUCAUCAUGUACCGAGUCACUGGUGAUGCGCAGUGGAUGGAGAAGGCAUGGACUAUGUUUGAAACGAUCGAGAAAGUGACACGAACAGAGAUUGCUGCUUCAGCGAUAGAAGACGUUACCAAAGCCGAACCUACCAAGAUGGACAGCAUGGAGAGUUUUUGGUUGGCCGAGACGCUCAAGUACUUCUAUCUCAUCUUCAGUGAAUUUGAUGUGAUCAGCCUGGAUGAGUGGGUGCUGAACACAGAAGCACACCCUCUGAGUCGCCCAGAUACCAAGUCAAAGUAA